AUGAAAACAGAGGGAGUAGUCACGCGUUACGUACUGUCAAUGGACAUGAAAGAGAAUGAGAACAAUGGAGGGAACCGCGGGACGGAAGUGGAUCGAAGACGUGAUGCAAUUGUUGAAGACUCCCACGCGAAACGAAGCAUACCGUCACUCAGCAGGACGGGCGCAGAACAACGCGUCACUCGAGGGUCAGUCCCCAUCGCUUCGAGGGAAGGAAAAAUCGUCGAGGCGACCUGUGUGUCGACUCCUUUCCGCUCCUGGCAAGUAGGAGACGAGUCGCCGCCAACGGACUCUCUGGGUCGCCGUCCUGCGACCUGGCGUCCCUGUACGACUCCGCCUGUCGAGACUUCGAUCUGGACUUGCUGGACGCCCCUCAAGUCCACUCUCCUUCGUCGGGAGAGUCUAGCGACGGACCUGGAGAGUGCAGCGCCCCUUCUGGCGGAGCCCUUUACGAGGAGCACAGCAGCUGGGACCAGCCCAGCCCUGUCCGCCGCCAGCAGCAGGCUCCGCCGCAGGACCGGCCGCAGGCAGCGCCCACCUGCCCGCCGUGCUGGAGGCGUGGGCGAGUCCCUCAGCGGGCGCAGGAGAGACCCGGCCCUCGGCGUCCUUGGGCCAGGAAGGACAAGGUCCUCUCGGCUGGGAGCCCAGCCCCAGGAUGCACCAGUGGCCGCCGCAGGACGACCCUCAGCUGGAGCGGAAGCGAGUCCGGGCCCUGAGGGCUCGCCUCAGCCGCCAGAGGGCCAAGGAGAGCAGGGAACACCUGCAGCACGACCUGGACCAAGUCAAGGCCCAGCUCAGCCUCCUGACGGCGGACAAGACCAGACGGCGGCAGCGGAUCGCCAUCCUGGAGGCCCACCUGGCCACCUCGCCCUCGCGCCGAAGGCCACGCGUCCCCCCUCCAGCCACGGGGCGCAGACGCCGGCGCCUUGGACUAAAGGACUCUCCCUGUCUGAAAGGGGAUGA